AUGGCUAGCACUGACAGCACUGCCACUUUUGUAAGGUCACCUGGAAUUUUUGGAAAAGGGAAUUCAAGAGUGAAGAAAGGGAAAAAAGAAAAGGGUGAAUCAAGCAGGAAAAGAAAACGAGGAGUUGAAAGGGAUGACUGCGGAGAAUGGCCAGUCAUCAUUGUUGUUUCAGAGAGUGACAAAAUGCAGGACAAUCUGAAGGAUGGAGGUGAGACAGAAGGGAAAGGGGAGGAUGCUAAAGAAGAAAUUGAGGCUGAAAAAGCUGCUGAGGAAAAAGCAGACGAGUCAGAAGAGGUGAAGGAGGAUACUUCAGAAGAAGAGGAUACGGAAGAAGAUGAGGAGACUGAUGAGAAUGCUAAAAGCGAUCUGAAUUCCGAUUCCAUAACUCGUAGUGAGGAAAAGAAUGUUGUAGAGUCAGAUGAAUCAUUCGAGUCAGAGAAAGAAGCAUUAAAAAUGUUGCAGACGGAGAAGACUCCCAAGCGGUCCUCUGCAGUCAUCCGCAAGGAGCUUGCGGAGAAAGCUGCGGCUGAGGUUAAAGCCAAGCUGGAGGCGGAUCUGGAGACGGCCAAACAGCGGGCGAGUGUUGCUGAGACGGCCCAGAAGAAGGCAGAGGAGGCCCGGAAGACGGCGGAUGAGAGCGCCAAAAAGGCUGAUGAGGCGCUCAAGAAGGCCCAGACGGACCUUGGCGCACUUCAGGGUGUUUCUGAAGAGAACACCAACCUGAAGACCAAGGUUGGGAAGCUAGAGAAGGAGGCUGCUCAGGCUCAGAAGACCUUUGCAGCAACCCUGGAGGCGGAGCAGAACCGCCUAGUUGCUGAAAGUGACGCUGACAAUGACGCCCGUAUGAAGAUCGCCUGGGCUGCUUUGUACCCAAACGCAGAUUACAGCGUCUGGGCACUGGCUCACAGAUAUGCCGAGUACGUGGUGUACUUAAGGGAUAGAGGCGAGCCAGAGCCUGACUCUUUUGAACCCUGGGUCAACUCUAACAACGAGCCUUCCGCUCCUCAGCUACCUGGUCCGGGUGAAGCACAAGAUAUACCCUCAGAUGACGAGGAGGAGGACUAG